AUGGCGUCGCUCUGGACUCUGCAGACCGUGCUGCUCUUCCUGGUCCUCUCCGCCGCCGCCGCUGAGGUGCUGCCGGAGCGCUCGGGUCUCGCCCUGAUCCGACACAAGCGAGACUGGAUCUGGAACUCUCUGUACGUGGAGGAGGAGAAGCCCGCGCCCACGCCCUACAAGAUCGGACAGCUGAAGUCCACUCUGCGCGUGGAGGUCAAACGCUUCAGCAUCGACGGAGAAGGCGCCAACAGCAUCUUCACGGUGGACAACAAGGGCGACCUGUUCGUCACACGCUCUCUGGACCGCGAGGAGAAGAGCGUCUACCACCUCAGCGCCAAGAUGUACGACGGAAACAACCAGGUGGUGGAGGACUCCGGCGGCUUCGAGGUCAUCGUCAACGACAUCAACGACAACCUGCCCGUCUUCCCCAAAGGCUUCAACGGCAGCGUUCUGGAGAGGGCCGCGGUCGGCACUAAGGUGGUGGUGGUGAAGGCCACAGAUGCAGACGACACAAACACAGCCAAUGGAGAACUGAGAUACUCUCUGCUGCGCGGAGGAGACGGAAAGUUCCAGAUCGACGACAUCUCAGGCAUGGUGACCUGCAGCCGUGCCGACCUGGACCGGGAGAGCGUGGCCCAGUACCUGUUGGUGGUGCGGGCGCAGGACAUGAGGGGGAAGCCUUCAGGCAGCACCGCCACCGCCACCGUCACCGUCACCGUCACAGACAUCAACGACAACAUCGCCUCCUUCAGCUCCAACACGAUGGAGGUGAGCGUACCUGAGGACCACAAGCUGAGCGAGGUGAUGACCACGCUGAGACUGGAGGACCGAGACCAGCGGCAGAACAAGGUCCCGCGGAUCUUCAUCACCGGCGAGUACUCACGGAUGUUCCACGUCCAGGUCGACUCGGAGAAGAACGGGAACCUCAUGCUCCGACAGGUCAUCUGGUGA